AUGUCCUCCAAAAGGGGUCGCAAGCGAAACGACAGCCUCCCGCCUAACCGCGCGCGCGAUGUCCAGCGAGCCUUCCGUGCACGCCGUGCUGCCCAUCUUUUGGCUUUGGAACAGAGAGUUUCCGAGCUCGAGGAAGAGAAUGGUUGUCUUCGUCAGGCCCUCAACUUACCUCCAGCAGCCCGGCCUCCUCUAGGGAGGGGUCCAACCGGAAAAGACAAGCCAAAAAAUUUCGAGCUCCCCGACGCUCAACCGUUAUUUUUCCCCUCCAGCCGCGAGUCAUCGACGGAAGAUUCGCCGCCUUCGCGCUCAGACUCUCAGUCACCUUCGGAUACGAUUACAGUGUCAAUGUCUUCGCGCCCGAUGACCGUGCUAGAACCCAAUUCCUGGAACGAAUCCCUGCUGCUAAACACUCAUCAAUCGCACCAGGAGUCGUCCGACGUCGCUGGCGCUUCAGAGCCACAGUACGACAUCGCCCCCAUGUCCGCCCCUUUACCCAUCAAGCCUCUACAAUACGCGUCCUAUAAUCACACGUUUCCACCAACAUCGCGAUCAUUAUCGACGGUUCUCUAUUCCGAAAGCACGAGCAACUAUUCACAUUCCUCCGACCGUCCUAUGGCGAGUAGCUACGCUGGGCCAAGUUUUUCUUUGCGAAGCGAGAUCCGUGAGGAACCCCCACGUCAGCAAUAUACCUACGCGCCAUCCUUCCAAUCCUCGGAUCCGACCAUCGCCAGCGAGAGCCCUUCCCCUGUCGUCCAUCCGCCUUCGGCACCGACCCACCACAAUUCCCAGCGCGAAUCCCCUUUGCCUUAUCCACACAGGCGAUCGCUCACUGACCCUCAGGGGUUUUCCAUAGGCCAAGUUUUCCCUCACCUCCCGAACCCGACGCAAUUCCAACAUAACCCUCGUCCACCCGACUAUUCUCGCCCUCAAGACAACAUGCAUCUAAUGGCCGCUUCGCGUUCCGGGGCUUUCGGGCAUGAUGGGCGUCUCAACACGCUUCCUUGA